AAAAAGAUCAUUCACGUACAUUCUUGUGUUUGGAGACCUCAUAAAGUCCUCGGAUGGUACUGUAACAUUUUGAAGAUCUUUGAAUAGACGUUUAGCUUAUUAUCGGGAGCACUAUUAAGUAUGAAAUUUUGUCGGAAAUUAGAGCUCAAUUACUCCUUAAAAGAAGACUGAAUAUAUAAUGAAAGCACGGUUCCUACAAGUAUUGUAUCUAGCGAGCUAAUAGAGUCCUUAGAUAGUUUGUUCGAGAUCUUUGAAGAGACUUUUAGCUUUGGCUGUAUUGUCUGGCAGCUCUACUAAAUAUGAACUUCUCCGAAGGAUCAAAAAUGGGUUCUUUUUGACUCCAUUGGGCUAAAAAGAGAAUCCUUUAUAGAAAGCAAGUUAAUCGCUCACUUAUUGCCCGAAACCGGAAGCCGGAAAAGUUUCUAAGAAACUACAACAUUUUUUAUGAUAACCUGGCGCGAUCUUUAUUAUAGAACAUCCGUCAAUAAAGUCGAAUUUGCAAAGCGAAGAGACAAUGUCUGAUAUUCAGCGUGUGUUUUGCUCAAUUCAGCACCACUGUAGGAACUAUCCGAGUAUUUUUGUGCUUCCAACAAUAAAAAUAAUAACAAACACUAACUCACAACUGAUCGGAGCGAGAACGCUUUGGCGCUGAUUCACUAACCGGCUGGUCGGUCGGUUGUAUAUGAAUGGGUAUAUCUGUCUGGUCGGAUAGAUAGAUGGAUGAACGGUUGGCUGGCUUGUUGACUGGGAGGCUGGCGAAUUUAGGGUUUCGACUAAGCACUGACGCAAAACAACAACAAAGUGUUCGCAUUGACUGCUCAGCCGCGCUGCUAGACAAUAUUUUACGUUGUUGUUGUGUUUGCGGGUAUGUAGGGUAAAAAAAUCGUUUGCGACAAAAGCAGAGGGCAAAAUAAAAUUAAUUCUUUGCUCAUAUGCUUGUAAGUAUGUAUGUAUGUGUAUUUAUGUAGCAAUAGUAAGCUUUGGUUCGAGCGCUACAUAUGGCAGCUUACUGUAAAGAGCGGCUUCGGCUUUGAUCUCAAUUUUUUAAAUGAAACAAAUGACGUUACAGCGAAGUAUGGGUCAGUGGUGAAAUGUUGGCAGGUAAAACAACAAGUGCGCGGGUUAAAUGAAGUUCAGAAAAUCUAAUAAAAUUAAUGAAUACAUGAUUGGUAUUUAUGACAUAAUCGUUUCUCAGAAGAGUUGCCUUAAUGUUUUAGUGUUCUAAUUAAUUUGUAAUAAAAUUGUGUUCCUAAAAAGAAAAAUAAAAAAUCGGAGCAGAAUAGUUUCAUCUUUGGAUAAUAUAAAAAUAACAAUAAAAGUAUUCAGCUGACUUUUUAAAAUUAAAAAUGGGACGAAAGAGUAAGGCAAGGACGAAAGGCAAACAAGUCGUAUCUGCCAGGGAAAGACAGAUUAUCCAAAGGUCAAGGGUACUUAUGCAAGGCCAUUUUUCGGACGACUGUUCUAUCAGACUCCAGAAGCUGGAUUUAAUUUCGGAUGGCCCGUCAACAAGUCGCGCUAGCCGAAAACCUAAUCCUGUUGAGAUGGGAUUGUUUUAUCUAGACCUUAAAGACGCAUUCGCAGACGCCUUUCAUAGCAAUAACACACUGAAUGUCCCGAAGUUAAGGAGUAUUUUCAAGGCGGAGAAUUUUGAAGCAAACGAAGAACCCAUUCUGAAAAUUGGCAACAACACCAAAACUGAUAUAGAGGAUACGCUAAUUGUUCUGAAAGUCUGCCAAUUGCGUGCAAUAAUUGUAAAAAUAGAAGAAGAAACGAAAAUUAGUUUAGCUGGAAAUGCUGUAAGCCCACACUCACGCGCUAAGCUUUCAAAAUUAGAGUAUAUACUGGAAGGCAUACAAAGAGACAUCCGUACAAUGAGAGCGCAACUCAGGAGUAUUCGUCAAACAGACAUAGAACAACUAAGUGGCAACGAAGAGAAUUCGGACUGCUUCGUAAUUGUAGAUGAACAUGGUGAAAAAAUAUCCGAAGAAGGAGCAGCUGUGAAAGUCAGAGAGCCCAACGAAAUGCACGAACUAAUUAAAAGGGAGUUUAGAGCAGCUUUUUAUGAGAACAUGGCUGCCCAACUGGAGGGUGUUUACCCAUGGCAAGGCGUGGGUGCGCAAAUGCUAAAUUGUUCGUCGUCACAACGUGUGAUUGAGGACCAUGCUGAUAUAUUGGCAAGAGCUAUAAAAGUAAUAGAGUCGCGUAUAUUGGAUUGUGACAACGGCAAAACGGCCAACUUGGAAGAUGAAAAGGAAAAUUAUUACCCAGAAUUGGAUGGUCUUUACCCAACUUCCUCUACCAGACGCGGGAUUAUAGAAGAUUUGGAAGAACGUCUUUUAUUAGACCCUCCAACUUCUUUAGAAGAUAGUUGCAUUAUCAUAAAUUCAGACGGUGAACUGAUGUGCAAAGAGGAUUUUGAGAAAUUCUUUACAAGUGCCAAGGCCUAUGAUGACUCUAGCCCACACUGAGUGUGCAAUUUGUUGUUGCCAUCCGCUAUGUGAAGUCAACAUAAAAUACUGAUUAAUUUAACUAAUAACAAUAUUGAUUAAAAAAUUAUGAAUGACACAAAUGUGAAAAUUAUAUUAUAUUUGAAUGUCCUUUGCUUAAAAAUAGAAAAUACGAUAUUGCCAAUUUUUAAAUAAACGAGAGAUUUAUGUGUGA